AUGAAGCCGCCGCUAGUUCAUGGAGAUGGAUGGAUGGCCAAGGGUCUGGGUACCUCUCUGUCGCACCUCAGAAGCUGGUGUGAGCGACAGAGGUAUGUAAGAUACACUCCUUCGGGAACCCCUAAGCAUCGUGCGUGGAUCAAACUCACGUGUUUGGCAAACACACGCCCUAUCUUCCACGACGCAAAGACGCCCAAAAUGAUAAGAGAUAAGAUUUCUGACUUCGAAGGAACAGUAUUAUCAUAGGCUUUGCCUCUCCUGCUAAACCCUUGGAAAUUGGCUUCACGCGGAGGAACGCUGCUACGGUGACUGCUUUCGUCACGUACACUACUGGCAAUGGUGUCAAUGAGUCUGGUACCACGACACCGUCUUCAUACAGCGAAGAGGAAAUUUGCGCUCCAUCAUCCAUAGAUUACGAAGAGGAGAAAGAAGUAGAGAUCACAAACCCGUUCCAAAACCUCUCCAUCUAUCCCGGUAACACGUCCUCACGUUUCCACUGGAACACUGAACCAGCAUACUACCAAAACACCCUCCGGGCCAUUGAACCCCGAGUUUAUACAUUCCCAAUCAUACAGCCCAUCGAUGUCAAAUCACUACUCACAUCCCUCCAACCACUAUCCUCAGUUUCCAAUUCACCACCCUCCCCCAUCACAGAACAAACCAGCGAGUUAACCCCCUCCGAAAUCCACCAUGCCCUCACCAUCCACCGCUCUUCCCGCUCCUUCCUAGCCCACUGCAUGGUAAAAGAGCACGAGAACCCCUUUCCAGGAAUCAACAUGAACUCCGGCUGGAACCGAGCGCGCUGCAAGGGCGAAGUCUGGUGGUGGGGCCGCUUCCACGACCUCCGUCGGAAGAUGUGGGAGGCGCAGAAUCCGGACGCCUUCUAUCGUGAUUUUGAGCAGGAGCUGUAUGCUACAGAGGAGUACCUCGCCGGGGAUUAUGGUGCGUUGCAAUUGCUGAUGGAGAGUCGGCUGAGGGAGAAUGAGAGGAAGAGGGAUGGGGAGUAUGGGGAGAGGGCGGAUGGGUUGGGGAUUCCGGAGGAUGUGGUGAGGACUAGGGAUGGGUUUGGACGGUUUAGUUUUGAGAGGCAGAAUACGCCGUUUUUUAUUAGGUGGGAGGAUGUGGAGGGGAUGGGGUUUAAGAUGGUGUUUGUUGGGGAGGCUUAUGGACGACGGGGUUUGGCGAGGGUACCGAGUGAGUGGUGGGCUAGUAGGAAGCAUGUUUUUGAGGAUUUUCGGGGUCGUUCUUUUUUGGAGGAGAUUGAGGAGAGGGCGGAGAUGAUUAGAGAGGGAUUGCAGGAAUGGAUUGUUUCGAGACAUGAGAAUCUGGAGUUGACGAGGGGAUUCAAUCAGUUGAAGCGAAAGAAGACUGACAGGAUUGGGGUGGAACGAAGCAUCAUGCUCUGGGAGCCUCGAGGGAAGAAGAGGAAGAUGUGCAGGAAGCCAGAGGAGGUUAUGAGCGAGGAGUGGAGGAAGAAGAGACGAGUACAGGAGAAGAAGGCAGGCCGUUGGACUGACGGCACUGAGAGAAUGAACAUGAUGUGGGCUCAGUUUCAUUGGGUUCUUAAUAAGGAGCCUGAACAUGUCCCUUGGCCUUCUAUUACAAUACAAACUCAACCUCAGAUUGAACGGCGGACUUCUUGGUGCCAGGCCUUGGUGGAGCUUUUUGGUCGUUGGUUUAGAAUGGCUCUUUGGAAGUUGAUUUGGGAUAAUGAAAGUGCGUUGCGAUUGUCUCGCGGUGGACUACCUCCCUUCAAAUUGCCUCCGUUCCAGCAAGGAAGGGUCCAAUGA